AUGUCAACUGAAGUCGCUGACUGUAAUCGUAAAAUUCGACAUUUUUGUGAAGCUGGUAAGCUUUCAGAAACUGUUGAUUUGCUCUGUAGCUCACCAACAUCGAAUUGGAGUUGGGUAGACAAUGUUUUGGGUGCAAAAUUAGUGUGUAUGUAUGUCAUUUGUGGGGAUUUAGUACAGGGAAGGAGAAUCUUUGAUAAAACUGCAUAUGAGAAGGUUCAUGGGUAUUUGUUGAAAUUGCACUUGGGUGGUAAUACUGUGGUAGUGAGCUCCCUGAUUAGUUUUUAUUUCAAGUUUGGAGUUUGUUGA